CCCUCGUGAACAAUGAUGCUAGCGUGAGCCUCUCAUCCCUUCUCGCCCCCUUGUUUCCCUCCAAUCCCUUCCCUCACCUUCAAGUCUCUCUCUCUCUCUACUUUUUCUUCUUCGACUCUGCUUAAUAUUACGAACGAUUUAUCAGAUUGUAUAUGUUCGACUCUGCUUAAUAUUACGAACGAUUUAUCAGAUUGUAUAUGAUGAUGAUGAUGAUGAUGAUGAUGAUGAUGAGUAAGGGAGACACAUUCGAAUGUGCUUCAUAGCUGAACGAUGGCGUUGCGCGCCAAUCUUUCUCUGUCCUCUUCUCACCAACGAUCCAAGAGUUUUGGUGAAAAUUUCGAGUUUGUUCGUAUCCUUGGAAAUCGAUUUGGUGGAUUACAACAUUUAUUUCAUUGAUUGUAAGCCCUAAGCUGGAGAGGAGGUUGCGUAUGGAUAUGGUCUUGAAAAUCUCCUUUUCAAGUCAUGAGCCACAUCCAGCUGAAACAAAAAUUCCAUGAGCAAUUUUUGCUCUCUCUGGCUUAAUGUGGAGCAGAAGAGUUUAGCACUCGUUAUAGUCCCCAAAAAAAAGAGUCAUCCCUCGUGGGUUAUUAAAUCUGUGUUGGACAACAAACAGUCUAAUGUCAAUGAUAAUGGGGCAACCGAACCUGCAAGGAUUCUUUCGGAGAAGUUGUUUGCCGAGACACAGAAACUAGAAGAAAUGGGUAAAGAUUCUCAUCUCCCUCAGGAUGAUCAGUUAGGGUUUAAUCUUGGAAUCCUGGAGAAUCUUCAAGCUGCUCUGUUUGCCCUGAAUAAGAAGGAAGAACAACUACAAGAUGCGGAAAAGGAAGUGUUAUUGGAACAGAUAGAACUAAAUCGUGCCAAGGAUGAGUUGGUGCAUCGAGAGGAAGCAAUAGCAGCCGCUUGUUCUAAGCAUGAAAAACUAAAAGAGGAGCUGAAGCUGGCUAAUCUUAAAUUAGCUUCUCAAAGCAUGCAAAUUGAAGAUCUAAAGCUUCAAAUCAAAGAGCGGGUUGAUGAAAUUUCUGCUGCACAAUCUGCGCUGGCUUUGAAAGAAGAGGAAAUGAAUAAAAUGAAAAAUGAAUUGAUGAUGAAGAGUGAUGAAGCUGUCGCUACUGAAUUUGAACUAAAAUCUAAGGCUCAUCUUCUGGAUGAAACCAAUGAAAUUGUGAGGAAACAAGAAGUUGAACUUCAACAACUUCGAGAAGCAAUUCAAGAGAAAGAAGAAGAACUAGAAAUUUCUGUGACAUUGAGGGAACUUGAAGAGGAGAAGCUAAGAGUUGCCGAGGCCAGUUUGGAAAAGCAGGCAAUGGAGUGGCUUUUAACACAGACCGAGCUAAAGAAACUGGCAGAGGAAACAUCUAAGAGGAAUGGAGAAGCUACUGAAACUUUGGAAGACUUUAGAAGAGUGAAGAAGCUUCUUGCUGAUGUGAGGUCUGAAUUAGUUUCAUCUCAGAAAGCUUUGGCUUCCUCUAGACAGAAAAUGGAAUACCAGGAACAGCUGUUACAGGCCCAACUCAUAGAACUUGAAGAACAAAAGAUAAGCAUCACGUCUUACAUGAAAAGUUUGAAAGAUGCCCAAAUAGACAUAGAGAGUGAGAGAGUGAAGCUUCGGGUUGCAGAGGCUCGAAACAAGGAGCUUGAGCGGGAUCUAUCCAUGGAAAAGGAGCUUAUUGAACAGUUGCAGGAGGAACUAGAUAAAGAGAGAUCUUCUCUGAAACAGGCCAUUCAAGAGAAGUCGUUUCUCCAGGAGGAGCUCGACCGAGAAAGUACCAAAUUUGGAGAAACACAAAAUCUUCUUCAGGUUAAAGAGUCAGAAUUGGUAGAAGCCAGACUAGAGAUACAGCGCUUGAAGUCUGAGCGGGCUUCUCUCGAGCUUGUUUUGGAGGAGAAAGAUUCAGAACUCUUUAAUGUGAGGAAGAGCUUAGAGGAAGUAAAUGAGGAGAUAAUUGAGUUUAGGACCCUUGUGAACAGCAGAGAAGACCAGCUCUUGCAAGCAACAAACAUGCUAAAGCAGAAAGAGGAACAUGUCGAGACAAUGCGACACGAGCUAAACGAUACAAAGCUAAAAUUCUCUGUAGCUGAAACUGUGGUUGAACGGAUUGUCGAGCUCACUAACAAACUGGUUAUUUCUGUAAAUGACGAAGAUUAUGAAGGAUUGAACGAAUAUGAUGAAAUGGAGAACAAGUUGUCGAGUCCAUUGUUAAAGAAGCCUACCGACAAUUUUAAGUGGCAAAAGAAACAGCUUGAAUCUGAGCUUGAGUUAACUAGAGUGAGCCUGAGAAUGAAGGAAAUGGAAGUUGUUGCUGCACAGAGAGCCCUCACAAUCAAAGAUGAAGAGCUAAAAAUGGUCCUUGAAAGAUUAGAAGCAAGAGAGAGUGAACUAAAGAAGAUGAAAGAAGAGAUGAUUCAAGAUGCUAAUGAUCUAAGGCAGCUUUACACUUUGGCACAAGAAAGAAUUGGUGAGAGAAGUAUAGGUGAACUGGGUAUUGAGAAGCUCCAAUUGGAGGCAGCUCAAUUGGAAGUUGAAGCUGCAACUAGUGCUCUCCAUAAACUCGCUGAGAUGAGUCAAGAGCUUCUGCAUAAAGCUAGCUUGAGUGUCGAGGCUGAUUCUGAUACUGACUUGCGGUUAAGUGUGGUUAACCAUGAGUGUUUUAGCGAAUUCAAAACAGAAGUUGCUCGGCUUUCGGAUUUGUCUGAGCGGCUGGUGAAAGAAGCUGGAAUUAUUGGUGAUGUGAACCUAGUUGAGGUAAUUUGAAGAUAUUGACUACAUUUUUGUACAGAUAUCUCUGACUGACCUUUUUUUUUACUAUAGUUGCUGAUUAUUUAGGAGAUGUUUGUUUGUGUUGUUGUAGUGCUAGAAUGUACCAACAUGUUUGCCAUAAAAUGUCUAGGUGUGGAACCUGUGUUUGUUAGUGUAUCAUUUAUGUUGUGCAAUUUUAUUUCCAUGUUUUUAACCUUUUCA